AAGCGGGGAAGGAUCAGGAUGCAGGCACUGUGAUGCGGCAGGAAGGCGUCUUGGAUGGCCAAGAAAAGUCGGUGCAGUUGCCAAGGAAAACGGGACAGCAGCAACGACACCAAGCCAGAACUAGGGAAAGGCCUCUACCCCAAAGGUCUCAUUCGCUGUAAACUCUGGUUACCUGUCUCGUGUCUUCUUGUUCUGGGCUCAUCCUCUGCCAAGGCAGGAGCUAUGUCAUGGAUCAAGGAAGGAGAGUUGUCACUGUGGGAGCGGUUCUGUGCCAACAUCAUAAAGGCAGGCCCAAUGCCCAAACACAUUGCCUUUAUAAUGGAUGGGAACCGUCGCUACGCCAAGAAGUGCCAAGUGGAGCGGCAGGAAGGCCACUCACAGGGCUUCAACAAGCUGGCCGAGACUCUGCGCUGGUGUUUGAACCUGGGCAUCCUAGAGGUGACCGUCUACGCGUUCAGCAUCGAGAACUUCAAACGCUCCAAGAGUGAGGUAGACGGGCUGAUGGAUCUGGCCCGGCAGAAGUUCAGCCGCUUGAUGGAAGAACAGGAGAACCUGCGGAAGCAUGGGGUAUGUAUCCGCGUCCUGGGCGAUCUGCAUCUGUUGCCCUUGGAUCUCCAGGAGCUGAUUGCAAAGGCGGUCCAGGCCACCAAGAACUACAACAAGUGUUUCCUCAAUGUCUGCUUUGCGUACACGUCCCGUCACGAGAUCAGUAAUGCUGUGAGAGAGAUGGCCUGGGGAGUGGAGCAAGGCCUGCUGGACCCCAGUGACGUUUCUGAGUCUCUGCUCGAUAAGUGCCUCUAUACCAACCACUCGCCUCACCCUGACAUCUUGAUCCGGACUUCCGGGGAGGUGAGGCUCAGCGACUUCUUACUCUGGCAGACCUCCCACUCCUGCUUGGUGUUCCAACCCGUUCUGUGGCCGGAAUACACAUUUUGGAACCUCUUCGAGGCCAUCCUGCAGUACCAGAUGAACCAUAGCAUGCUCCAGCAGAAGGCCCGAGACUUGUAUGCAGAAGAGAGGAAGAGGCAGCAGCUGGAGAGGGACCAGGCCGCAGUGACAGAGCAGCUGCUGCAAGAGGGGCUCCAGGCCAGUGGGGACGCCCAGCUCCGAUGGACACGCUUGCACAAACUCUCAGCCAGACGGGAAGAGCGGGUCCAAGGCUUCCUGCAGGCCUUGGAACUUAAGCGGGCUGACUGGCUGGCACGUCUGGGCACAGCAUCAGCCUGAGCAGGGCUGGCCUCCUGCCACUUUGCCCUGCCCUCUGCCUCCAGGGCCCCACUCCCCUUUCUUUUCUUGGUGAAAGGCACCUCCUUCCUAAGGAUUGAACUGUUUCCUUUACUUUGCAAGGGAGCCCCAGAGGCCAGGUCUGCUGGCCAUAGAUCUACCUUUUGAGCUGCCUGGGACAGUGGCCGCUGGGGAGGGUUGAGGGGACAGUCUCCUGCAAGUACCCUAAGCCCAGCUCUGGUCACCUGUAGCUUUGGAGAACAGAGAGCCCCAGUUCUUCGCUGCCCACUCCUUCCGCCUCUGCCACCUCUACCUGUGCUCCCAGGUGCAUUUCACUUUCCCACCAGCACAUCCUUCGACACAGAAUUUCAGGGAGGAGGUCUCCCCAGAACCCCAGCCCUUUCUCCAUCGUCUUAGCCUUCCACCCGACUUUCACAAAAGAUUUGGCUCCACCUUGGGUCUGCUGGUAAAUAGCUAAUAGACAGCCAGCGUUAUUUGGGCAGGGGAGGGGAGGGAGAGACAGAGAAAAUUUGCCCAUCUGCUGCUCCUCCCCCUGGGCUCUCCACCUGGGAUUUGCUAUUGAAUCUCUACCCCCUCCUACCACACAGUGCUGAUUGCUCACUGAAAGGCUCAGCGCCCCCAAUGGCGCGCAGAAGCCAGGCGGGUGAUUACAAUCCAAUUACCUAUUGUGGACUCAGCCCACACAAGCUUCUCUCCUCCUCUUGCAGGGCUUGGGGCCAGGCUCCAUGCCCCUGUGCCACUGGCCCCCUCCAUGGCCACAGGGUAAAAGGAGGGCCUCUAGGCCCCCAUGAAUCUAAUCCACCACAGGCCGCCUUCCCCUGGAACACCUCACAGGACCCGGAGCAAAGAAACAAGCACUUCUCCCAACUGACUGACUCCUGUCCUCAUCAUCUCAGACUCUGUUUCCCACAGCCUUGGCCUUUGAGGCUUUCUGUUCGGGGAAGAAGUCCCCCUAAGUCCCCCCUGAGAUGAUUUACUCUCCGUGUGGCAGAGUCUCAGCUUGCUAGGGCCAGGGCUGCCCAGCAGGGAGAAGAGGGCCAAGUCAAGGGCUGUGUCCUCUCCCUGCCAGGCCUUGUUGCAGAGCUGCUGAGAGGAUUAGUGCCUUCGAAGAGCUGUCGGCCCGAGCAACUCAGCUUCAGGUGCCUGGAGUAGCAAGCACCAGCUUUUAAUACCCACCAAAUGCCACUCUGUUUAGUCUUCCCAUUUUACUUUGGGCGAACUGAUUCCCCAGCACCUCCCUCUAGGGGAGAGGUGGGGUCUUGCAGGCAGUGCUCAGAGCGUGGUCUUUAAACCCCCAACUGCCCUGCAUCCCAGUCUCCUCUUCCCCUUCCUGUGCCAGGAUACCUGGCGCAUAAGACCCCUUGGCCACCAUCCCUGCUCUGAGAAUCAAACAGAAAUGCCAGACACUGCGAUUGAGAAGCCAAUCAAUGCACCCUUUGGCAAGCCCCCCCCCCCCCACACACACACCUGGCAUUCCCCACAACCAAUCCCUGGCACAGGGUUCCCAGAGAGCAGGUGCUGUACAUUUUCCAGCUUUACAAUGGGGCUGUUGACAGCCUUAAUUAGGGAGGCAUGAAUUAUGCGGCUAUAAUGCAGAGCCCUACAAUUAAGGCGGGAAUGAGGGGCUGGAGGCAACAAACGGAAUCUGCCCAGUGAGCAUGGCGAUUGAGUCCUGUCUCCGUUCUGUGUCUGACUUGCCCUAUUAUGAAUGGGGUACGGAUGAUUAAUGGAGCUGGUGUCUCUCUUCGGCCUUAGGUCCUGUAGUCUGAGGAAGGUGCACAGAGCGGGAUGGGUAGGGGUGGAGGGACCACCACUGUCAAGGAGCAGGGGCUGUAAACGGUUGAUAUGAACUCCUUGUGAUUGUUUCCUACCCGUAGGAUUUGUACAAACCAGAUCAACCUUUGCCUCGAGAAACUAGGUGGGACCUAUUUAAAUGUGUCACCUGUGAGCCAGUCCCCCCACUUGAGGAUAUUUAUUGUGUUCUUGUGUUCUCCUGGGCCUCAAAUAGAAUUUUAAAAAUUCUU